GGCCAGACCUCAAUCAAUCAUGUGCCGAUGUGCGACGCGAACGCGAGUAGUACUAGAGCGCAAUCAUCAACCGGGGGCGUGUCGCCCAGCCCAACUGGCGAAACAAGAAAGAAAGAAUUCCCCUCCGCCGCACUCGGGACCCCCUCGAGCCGAGCCACCGCAACAAAACCCCAAACCCGACACGAGAAAACAACAAAGCGGCGGCGCCCAUCCAUCCAUCCAAUCCGUAGACACCACCUCAAUUCUCUUCCGCCUUCCCCGCUAGUACUCCCUCGAGCCGAGCUAGGAGCUCCUCGCCCCCUACGGGACAAGAAGACAAUCGCUCGCUCGCUCUCUCGAGGCUCGCAGUGGUAGGCCAAUCCAAAAAGGCAGCUCGCGCGUCAUCCUUCUUCUCUCCUUCCCCGCCACGCACGCAGCAGGAAGGGAAGGCAUGAGCUGCUUGCAGUCGCCGACUCCGGGCGUUGACGUCGACAGGAGGAGGCGGCCGGCGCAGAAGGCAGAGGCGGAGGGUCGUCCGGCGCUGGACAUGCUCGACGAGUUCUGGUUCUUCAGCAACACGCUGGGCAAGCAGGACGACGGGAAGGGGAUGCGGAGGCCGCCGCUGCUGCCCAAGUCGCCCUCCACGUCGUCCGCCUCGUCUGGGCGGACCAAGGGGCAUGGCUCCGACGGCCAGCAGCAGCAGCAGCAGCAGGCGGGGGAUAGUAGGCUUAGUAGCAAGUCCCGGUUCUUCGCGUCCGGGUGCCGGAGGCUCCUCCGGACGCCGUCUCUCCCGGCGCCCCGCAUCGGCAGGGAGGAGCUGCCCAAGGACGAAGAGAUAGUGGAUGAGGAUGCUGCUGUUGCUGAUCAGGAAGUGGAGGUGGAGGACGAUGAUCUGAACUGGAGCUCCAUUUACGAGGGCGUCCUGCGCACCAGGAUCGCCGAGGAGGAACGCAGGUCGUCAUCGGCGGCAGCGCUGCACCGGGCGCCGUCCAUGCCGGUCCCGCCGUCCGCCACGAUGGGCGGCCGCCGCGGCGGCGGCCUCGAGACGGCCACCAUGUCGACGCCGAGCAUGCCCAGGCUCCAGCACUCGUACAGCACGCUCGAGAGACACUGCCGCUCGCACACGCCCACCAAGCCUGACCGGCCGACACCGAGGACGACGGCAGGCGGCAGCAAGCCGGGGCGUGGCCAGCCGCGGCGCGAGCUCCGAUCGUUCAGCGCGGCCCAGCAGCCGGCCAUCGCCCGGAACAGGAGCUCGUUGCAGUUGCAGGACAAGAUGUGGAAGAGCUCGAGCGCCCUGGAAUCGAUCGAGGUGCAGGGGUUCAAGGACCUGGGCUUCGUGUUCGACAAGGAGGAGCUCAGGGAGAGCCUGGCGGACGUGCUCCCGGGCCUCCGCGACAGCAAAGCGGCCAAGAGCUCCGGCUCCGUCUCGGCCGGGUCCGGCAGCGCCAGCGACGACAACGACGACACGAACGGGAGUGCCGUUGGGGAUGGUGAGACCGUGCGGCGGCCGUACCUGUCGGAGGCGUGGCACCACGGCGCGCGGUCGGCGCCGCCCGCGGCGGCGGGGAUAAGGCUGCAGCAGGCGGACGCGAGGUCCGCGGCGGAGAUGAAGGACCAGAUUCGGAUGUGGGCGCAGGCCGUCGCGUGCAACGUCAGACAAGAGUGUUAAAUGGGGACGCCCCGUACUGCCUCGUCCCGUCCCAUGGCUUGGCUCCACUCCAACUCCAUCGAUCCUCCUGCAAAAACAAACUACACAGCAGCAUCAGAAAGAUCAAGAUCAGGAAACACAACUACGCCCGAUGCUAUGAUACUCCGAUUUUUGUUACUUUGGCCUCCCUCCGCAGAAAAACUCCACACGGGAUAAAUAUUUAGGUAGCUGUUCGGUGCUCUUGCUCUCGUUGGUUUCUGAAUAAAAAGAGGUGAAAAUCAUCGUAUUCUUUCGAUCCAUUCCA